AUGAACCCCAACAAUCCUUUUCAUGAUCCUUCCGUGCUGCGCGCUCAACCGCCAGUCUCUCCCGGUCUAAAUUUCUCGACUGUAGCGCCCCCCACGCCUGUGACGCCUGUGGGUGCCGUUCCAUCUACAUACCAGGCAGCCCCGCGCCAGAAUUUUAUGGACGAAAUUGGUGCACAAAUCAAGUCCACGAAUAGUCAGACGAUUGUCAAGGUCAUGCGGAUAUCAAAUUUGGUGCUUGCUUCAGCUACUAUCGCUGUUGGUGUGCUCGCUUGGAUUUUUGGCGAGGUGGACACAUUUCAAAAGAUCAUUGCGGGCAUUUACAUCAUAUUGUUUGGUGCAUUGCUUCUGGCGUUUGAGCUGCGCACUGAAAAAGUGGAUGUGGUUCUGCGCAAGAACUUUGGAUUUAUGUAUGGCAACAGAACGCGCACGAUCUUUUUGGUCUUUAUUGCAAUCUGGCCAUUGUCGAUGGGCAAUUUCUGGUUGACGAUUUUGGACGCCGUAUUGCUCUUUCUCAACGCUUUUUUUAAUUACUAUGUCAUCUCACAACACCCAGCUUUCUCGGCUGUGCCGCCCGUGUUUGAUCCGAGCCAGUCACAAUAUUCCGGAGGGUACGCACCCGCACCGCUCAUGAACGCAUAA